AUGGGCGGACCUGCCGCCAUCUUGCACGCGGGCGGUGCGGUGCUCGAGGUGCACUCCCUGCUCCUGGGGGAGAAGCUCAUCAUGGAGUUCCUCAAGGGCACGUUCAGGGGUGCGCACGAGGCCCUCGUGGUCGAGAGGGACCAGGCUGUGUCGGUGGCGCAGCAGCUCAUCGGGGACUGCAAGAGCAUCGAUGAGGAGGCCAGCGAUGUCGUGGUCCAGACUGUAUGCGAGGAGCUCCCUGCAGUCCCUGUCUUCCCCGUGCUGGCCAAGUGCGGCCUGGCCGAGGACGAUCGGGACGUCGAGGACCUUCCCGAGGAGGCGGUCAAGCUGGAGGCCGUGAAGGUCGAGGCGGAGACCGUGAAGGUGGCGAUGGCGCAUCAUGUCGAUAGCAUCGAGGUGCUGAACGCCUCUGCUGGGAAGACCGAGAAGAUCGUGAAGGUGCCGAUGGCAGAGCACGUCGAAGACUUCGUUCACGUGCCGGUGGGCGUGACCCAGGAGGCCGAAGAGACAGAAAAGAUCGUGAAGGUGCCGAUGGCAGAGUACGUCGAGAACAUCGCUCACGUGCCGACGGGCGUGACCCAGGAGGCCGAAGAGGGCGUUUCGUGGUCCUGCACGGAGUAUUCAGCGGAGGCGUCGGCGGCGGGCGCCUCUGAGAGCGCCGCGGCGGGCUCCGAGCAGGACGAAAACGUCCACGAGUACGAGAAGGAGGCCACGGUCGCGGCCAACCAGCUGGCGCACGCGAGGGCGGCCGCUGCGGCGGCAUGCCGCCGCGCCCAGUGGCGGCUCGAGCACGACGAGCUGGAGGACGCAGCGGUCUUCGGUACCGCGGUGCUGGCGGCCCCACGGGUGGCCACCCCCCAGUGCGAGACGAUGGUAGAGGCAAAGGUGCUGACGGGGCUGGCCGAGGACGAGAGCCAAGGGGGCGAUGUGAUCUACGCAGACGCUCCAGGCGGCCUCUGCAACCAGAUCGUGCAGGCCUGCGACCCCUUCGAGCCUGGCUCCGAGGAGCACGAGGCUGCGCUCGCGAGGGUGCUGGAGGGGUUCGGGCUCACAGUCGACGACUUCCGCUCCAUGCUCACG